CAGGUUAUAUAAAAAGAAAACAAAACCUAAUAACAAGGCUCUUCAAAACUGCAGUUUUUUUGUACUGAUAUCAGAAGUUGUGUGCCACCCAAAACCUUUUAAGGUUGUGUGGAUGAUCAGUACAGAAAAUGGAAAAUAAAUCUGCAGACGUGGAAACAGUUACAGGUGCAUCAGGAAUCCUCAGUGUUUCUCAGAGUUUUGGAAGUUUCGGCCGUGACUAUAAGAGUAUUAUCCCUGCACGUGAUGCCAAGUCCAUGAGUUGGAAUAGACCUAAUCUCAGCAACCCUAAGAUUCCUGGUUUGCUGAGGAGAGUUUUCAAGGGGUCUGAUAGAAAGUCCAGACAUCAAGAGGUUGGUGAAUGGAGCCUGGAAGUGUGUCGACACUCCAUCAUGGAGCUGGCAAAGGAGAUGAACAGAGUCUUGAAGAACUCUGCCAUACCUACCCCUGUGUCCAGUGAGGAUACGUGCAGCCUGGAAGAGUGUCGCUGCUUCAUCAUGAAAUGGACUGACGAUUUGGACAAGCUGGUCCAGACACCAAAGCAAAGCCAGAGUGCUGGGCAGGUUGAGCAAAGAAAAGGAGCAGAGCUGAGAAACAAAGAGGAUCUACCAGGACCAGAGGGGGAGGAGCUGAGUGAGGGGGGGGGGCAGAACCAGGGGGAGGAGCUGGAACAAGAGGAGGAGCAAAGACUGAAGGACGGUCAUGACAUCAUCAUGGGGUGGGCAAGAGAGCUGAAGACAGUGCCAGAGAACUCUGUCUCAGCGGGGGAGGCUGUGGAACAGGGUCUUGCAGAGCUGGUGAAGGAGUGGAAACGAGGCAAGCUGAGGAACAUCUUACCCAUCAUGGAGUUCAUCAUGUGGGCCCUGAUCAAGAAGAAGACAGACAAGGGAAUGCUGAAAUCUCAGAAUAUUGGUGCUGGGAGAUGCAUCCCUGAUUCAGCCUGGCAGUGGAUUCACAAGGCAUCAGUUGAUGUGUCUCUGGACCCUGAUACAGCACACCCCCAGCUCAUCCUGUCUGCGGAGGGGAAACGAGUGAGAGUGGGAGAGACACGGCAGCGUCUCCCUCACAAUCCAGAGAGAUUUGAAGUCUGGCCCUGUGUGCUGGGCAGGGAGAGCUUCACCUCGGAGAGACGCUACUGGCAGGUGCAGGUGGGGGGGAAUACAUGGUGGAGAUUAGGAGUCAGCAGAGAAUCUGCCCUGAGGAAGGGGGUGUUCAGCACGACCCCCCAGCAGGGUUACUGGACUGUGGAGUGGUGGAGGAGUGGAGAUGGGUUCACUGCUCACACUGCCCCCCAGACUCCCCUCCCCCUGAGCCUGAAGCCCCAGAAGCUGGGGGUGUAUCUGGAUUAUGAGGAAGGGCAGCUCUCCUUUUACAAUGUGGAGACCAGAUCUCACAUCUACACUUUCACUGACAUGGAGUUCAAUCCCAAUGAGAAACUCUAUCCAUUCUUCUGGACUGAGGACUGGGAUACAGCCCUUGUGCUGGAGUCCCCUGACCCUGUCAGCGCUGCAGAUUAAACACACAUUGCUGUCUGAACCAGGAAACUAUUCAAACAGCUCAGACAAUCUCCUCUUCACUUUCACUGACACUCUCUCUGCACUUUUCUGGGCUGAUGAGAAGAAAUCCUCUCUCUUCCACCCUCUUACCCUGAGACCCUCCUCUUUAUUUCUCUACACCCCCUUUCCUACUCUCCCUUCCUGUCUGCCUCUCUCUUUUCCCUCCACCUCUCCAUCUCCAGAUCCCUCUUUCUCUCCUCUUCUGCUCUCCUCUCUGCUUCCCCUAUGGCUCUCCUCUCUCUUUAUCUUUCCCGGCCCGCUGAUGUUAAUCCCAUC